AUGGAGUGGUCCCGAAAUAUGCAAGGAGAUGACCAACAGCAGAGCAACACUGCAGAGGAACCACCAAUGAAAAGGCAGUUGCUAUCAGAAUUUAACAGAACACUUGGUCUGAAGUCAUCAGUCAGCACUCCAGAUGGUACUCUAAAAGACCGAAGAAAGUUUAUAUACAGAGUUCCUCUGAAGCCAAUGACCACUAGUCCUUUUAAGGCCUCAUCUUUUGAAGCUCAGAAGACCAGUCUGGUGGAUAUGCAGUCUAAACCAGUUAGUGCGUUUCUUCCUCCUUUUAAAACAAAGUCAAACACUUUAGUUCCUGUGCAGAUAAUGACUGAGAACUCCCAUGUGAAUAGUGUUGUACAAGAUACUGUUGAAGAAAAAUGUGAUGGACUGAGUGACAUACCACAAAAAGAAGGAAAUUUGAAGAAAGCUGAAAAUGACUUUGCCAAACCGGAUGCAGAAAUCACUGAGGAAUUCAAGGAUACUUCAGGUAUUUAUUUUUGUUUUAUCUUAACAGACUAUAUAAUCCAGCAGACAAUGACUUUUACAACAAACCAGUUGAAUUGUAUUACAGUUUUGGAUUCUGCCAUUACUGUGGUCGUGACUGCAGGUAAACAAGGAGCAGACAUUUAUUUUAGUCUGCAUUUAGUAGACCCAUAA